AUGACUCGAAAUGCAAUUCCUCAGGAAACACCGUCUCUCACCAUGACUGCCCUUUCUGAGCGUUCGACCUCGUCGUCGAGAAAAUGGAAUACAGACCGGUUAGGCGCUCGGUUGGGUGUUGAUGUUGCCAGUGCUGCUACGGCCGGGCUACUGACCUGCCCGGUUAUCACUGUUAUUGAUCGGGCAAUCAUCGAAAAAGCUGCCAAAGGCCUCCCAAUCCGAAACACCAUCACCUCAUGCUUCAAGUCGAUGGCGCGUCAUCCGGCCGGAUUCUUCCUCAGCACGCCGUUCUUCCUUAUAUACACCCUCUACACAGGGACGUAUCUGACAGCAAACACAAUUGACACAAUAACGUCAACGCUACGGGAUAAACCCUUUUCCACCGUUUUCCCGGGAACGGCCAAGUUCCUGGCUACCACGAGCGUGAACAUGGGGAUAUGCGUAUACAAGGAUGCGGUGUUUGCGAAGUUAUUCGGUGCUUCUCCCUCCUCGUCAACAUCACGAUCCUCCUCGUCGUCGUCGACCUCAACACCAAAAGAAUCCUUCUUCUCCCAAUCCCCGUCAACUUGCCACCCGCACGGCCAAACCAAAACCGUCCCCAAAAUCUCCUACACCCUCUUCUGCCUCCGCGACAGCAUCACAAUCUUCGCCUCCUUCAACAUCCCCUCCCUCAUCGCCCCCUACAUCCCCGACACCCUCGCCACGUCGCCCUCCACAAAAACCGCGCUAGCACAAUUCUCGUGUCCCGCUCUAAUGCAAUUCGUGAGCACGCCUAUGCAUCUUCUGGGCUUGGAUCUGUAUAAUCGGCAGCCGGCUGGGGGGCUGAGUUUCUGGGGUGAUCGGUGGCCGCGGAUUCGAAGGGAUUAUUUGAGUAGUUCGUUUGCGCGAAUGGGGAAGAUUGUGCCGGCUUACGGCGUCGGGGGUGUUGUUAAUGUUAGGAUGAGGGAGGGGUUGAUGGGGUUGUUGGGGGGGUAG